AUGGCUAAGGUCCUUGAUUUACCGGCUAUUCCACCCUUUUCUGUGUCUGAAACGAGUUCGUUGGCACAACGUUGGGACAAAUGGACGAACUCGCUCGAUUACUACAUUCGUGCUUCGGGCAUCUCCGAUCAAAAGCAAAAGCGGGCCAUUCUACUUCAUUUAGCGGGUGCAGAAGUACAAGAAAUCUUCGAGACGUUGCCUGAUACUGGCGAGGAUUACAAAACAGCGCUCGAGAAAUUGAAUGCACAUUUCAACCCGUGUAAAAACAUAGCUUUCGAACGUCAUGUUUUCAGACAAGCAACCCAACGUGCCGAUGAGUCCAUGGAUGCUUUUGUAACUCGCUUGAGAACUCUUGCAAAAACGUGCCAGUUCGAUACAAGUUUAGAUGAAAUGAUCCGUGACCAAGUCAAUGAAAAGUGUGCUUCGAACGCUCUUUGGCGUCGCCUACUACGAGAACAAGAACUAACAUUGAACAAUUUAUUAUCGAUUGCUCAUUCAUUCAAACUGGCCGAUCGCCAGUCCUUAGAAAUCGAACAAAAGUUUGAAUCAUCCACUCACCUCAGUUCCAUCGAACGAAAUAGAGAUUUUCAACAACCACGGCGUAAUUCUGCGAAGCGUGAAGACAAUAAUAGGCAAAUAUGUGUUUGUUAUUGUUGUGGAAACGAAGGGCACCGUGCGAAGGAUGUCCAAUGUCCUGCCCUUGACAAAACCUGCCUACGUUGUGGCAAGUCCGGUCAUUUUGCUAGGGUCUGUCGCCAAAAGACCAACAAACCGAAGCAAUACAGGGAGAAUGCUCGACAGCUUGAACAGUCUGACGAUGACUCUUCUGAGAACGAAUGUUUAUUUACUCUCAUGGCUCAUAAUGUGCAUCAUCGCUCGGACAGCCUUCAUAUGUUGGAAAUUGAACACAUUCCAGUGCAAAUGCUUAUUGACUCGGGGGCUAGUGUUAACGUCCUUGUUCUCGAGACAUAUCAUCGUCUAAAAGCGCGAAAAGGA